AUGACAGUGGCAGAGACGAUGUCCAGUGUCGCCGGGCUUCGCCGCAAGGUGAAGGAGGAGGUCUUGAAAGGUUGGCCUCUUCUUCCUUUGCAAGAGAACGACAAGGAUGCGGCAAUGAAGGUCCUGGAGAGGCGCGCCAAGCUGACCCAGCGCUGGAAGGCUGACCACUCCUCCUUCACCGCUUUGCAUUUGGAUGUUUGCAAGAUGAAGAAGUUCACUCCGGGCGCUGAUAUUCUCAUCGCGCCAAGGCCUGAGAAAGUUCCCAAGAAGCAACUCUCUGCUUACAGCAUGGUGAGCACGGAAGCCAUUCCAGAGGAGCAGUCCGAUGGUAUGUCAUCGGUGCCUUCAGUCGAGCAUCUUGUUCCCGAGACCAGCUUUGUGGAGAUGCGGAAACACCUUCUGAGUUUCAGAAACAUGAUUCCAAAGGAGGAUCGCCCGGACUACGUGGUGGAGUUGGUUCCAAUUCCGCAGGAGAUGCAGCGACAGAUUUCGUUCCAGCCCAAGCUCGAGAGGGAGGACAGCUUCAUCCGACAGCAGUCCGAGCCAGUGCAAGCCAAGAGUGCUGGCUUCGGAUUGAGGCGCCAGACCACUGCUCCACCCGAGAGGCCCAAGCUCAAUGUGUCUGCCAAUGGCUGGCGACCCGGCAUGAAGCGCUCGCCCAUUGACGAGCUCAAGCGCCAAGUACAAGGUCUGCUCAACAAGAUUUGCCCGGAGAAUGUUGACUCCAUCAUCGAGAAGAUUGCGGCCAUCAAGGUUGAGGACAUCAAGCAGUUGGAGGCUAUCAUUGAGUUGAUGUUCAAGAAGGCUGUGACAGAGCCUCACUACUGCGAGACCUAUGCUGACAUGAUCUUCAACCUCAAGGCCGUCUACCCUUCGUUCCCAUCCCCGGACGGCGGCAAGCCCAUCACGUUCAAGGGGUUGGUCUUGAACAUUUGCCAAAACGAGUUCGAAGAGCUCCUUUCCUCCAAUGACCUCACCGAAGAAGAGAAGGAGAAAUUGGAUCAGGAAGAGAUCGACUUCCUUCGCAAAAAGCGCAAGGACCGCAUGCGCGGCAACAUGAAGUUCAUUGGACACUUGUUUCUCCGGCAGCUCCUGUCAGCCAAAGUCAUUGGCAGCGUGAUUUGUGAGUUGGUGCUUUGCGAGCAGGUAGAGGACCUACCAGAGGAGCAUGCUUUGGAAUGCUGCUGUGAGUUGCUGCUGGCCAUUGGUUACACCAUGGAGAACAUGGCAGCUGGCCAAGCAGCGAUCACCUCCGUUUGCGGACGGUUGAAGGACUUGAUGAAGAGGAAGUUGGACAACGGUAAGUCCGCGUACUGCAAGCGUGUGCAAUUCACCAUCCAGGAUGUCCUGGACACAAGAGCAGCUGGAUGGACACGCAAGGUCUUUAAGGCGGCUGCGAAGACGAAGGAGGAGAUCCGAAUGGAACAGGAGAAGGAGAUCACAGACCGAGCACGGGGAAAGGACGUGUCAACUGCGGAUUGCGUGGUGACGGGAGCACGACCAGCCACAGACGGGCCUCGUGCCAUUUUUACAGAUGUUCGUUUGUGUGGACUUGUGAACAAGAAAUCCUGCCCUCGAAUACUCACACCGUAUUGCCUUGCCCCUUCCUACCCUCUUAGUGGGGCUGGCUCUUUUGCACGAUUCAAGUUGCGUCAUGGUCCGCUGUCCCUAGCCCUAGAUGUCUAAGCGACUUGAUCGCGGCCUACAACAGAGCAUCGAGCAGUGUCAACGUGUCAGGAUAGUCACGUUGGCAUGCUCCCAGCGUAGGCUUUCGAGAAUCAGGCAAGAUUGUGGCACCCUAACGUCGGGGACAGAUUUUGCGUUUUGUGUAGGUAUGGAAGCCAUCCUGCAGCAGGUUUUUCGAUUGAGAUCCCCCACAUUGGUAGGGUGGCACGGCUUUCUCCAGAGCAGGAUGGCUUGUCUUACUCCAAAUUCGAUCAACUUCCCAACUUCGGAGGUAGCCAUUUGGAAAGCUGGCUCUGGAGGUUGGGGUGAGGGCGAAUUCUUUCAGUUUCGUUGCCCAUCAAUCCCGGCAGAGCUCUGUACGGACUGGUGGUAGUCUCCAAUAUCUAAGACCAGCAGUUGUUGGUUCGCCAGGGCCAUAAUUGUUUUUUCUUUUUGACUCGGGCUUUGGGUUUGGUGGAAAGGCUCGGGGCCAAAGACAGUGUUGAAACAUCUGAAUAUCCACAUUGUCAGCAUUGCACAUGGUGCAUUUCCCCUCUGCGGCGUGGAUCGCCCAGGGGAGCCCCCAUGUUUUCCCGCAGCAUUCCCAGUACGCCCAUAUAUAGAUUCAUAGAAAUGUUGUACAGUCAGCUUGGCUGCCUGUGCUUGGCGCUCAAGCGAUAGACAGCUUCCUGAGGACGGAAAA